UACAGUUAUGAUCUGCUGCCUGGUAGCACUGCUGGGACUGAACAUGAUUCCUACAUCAUUCAUGGACAAACACACACAGCAGGAUAUGUGUGUAGAGCUGGAAGAGGAGACCCAGAGUAUCACACUGAUUACAGUGAAGUAAAGUUUCUCUGGUCUGCAGAUGUUCAUCCAGCAGCGUCUCUCACAGUGAAUCCUGACAGAGUUCAACACUUCACAUCUGAUUCUGUUUCACUGAACUGUGGAGGAAACUCUGCUGAGUGGAGAGUGAUGAGCUUUACAGAAACACAUCAUCUGUCACGCUGCUCCUCCUGGGGGAGAAUGACUGGAUCCUCAUGUAACAUGAACAUGAACCACAGUGGAGUUUACUGGUGUGAGUCUGGAUCAGGAGAGUUCAGCAACACAGUCAACAUCACUGUACAGAAUGAUGAUGAUGGCGUCAUCCUGGUGAGCCCCGUCCAUCCUGUGACUGAGGGAGCUUCUGUCAGUCUGAGCUGCAGACUGAGAGAACAAAACACACUUUCAAGUGUUUCUUUCUAUCACAAUGACAAACUUCUCCAACAUGAUGGCAGAGAGGAGCUGAACAUCUCUGCAGUGUCACAGUCAGACGAAGGUUUCUACAAGUGUCAACAUGCAGGAAAGACGUCACAACAGAGCUGGAUGUCAGUUACAGCUGUGUCCAGACCUGAAAGCUCUUCAUUUCCUGUGCUGUUGAUGGUUGGAUCAGUUAUUGGAAUCAUAUUAUUGAUUUUCCUGCUCUUGUUGUGUCUCUGCAAACGGUCCAAGGAUGCAUGUUGUAACAGGUCUAAUCAGAUUCUGAACAUCGACCGAGUCUCUGCUACACAACAGUCAGUCAACGAGAAUGAAACUCAGGUUUAUUCCUCUCUCCUUCAUGGUGAUGCUGCUGUCUACGAAUCAUUCAGAGGUUGUGGAAACACUGGAAGUGACGCACCAGCAGAUGAAUACAUCAACGUCACAUCUCAUCUUAACCUUAAAGGUCAUGAUAAGAGCAGGAGACACGAGAGCUCUGACUACAUUAAUGUGCCUCCUGAAUCAGCAACAGAUCCAUGAAAAGAAGAUUAUUACCACCAAAAGAAGAGACUUGUGGACAACAAGCAGAAACAAUAUUCUUGUUUAAACAUGUUAGCAACUGUUCUAGACGUCCAAGCGUCCAUCAGACAGUCAUUUGUCCAGUUUUGUGUCAUAUUUCUUUAAAAUAUUACAUGAUCUGAAUUUAUUUGUUCUCAUUUAAGCUUUUUGUAGCAAAAACGUAAGAAAACUAAAACCAUGUACAAAGCUUAACAGCCAUGUCCAUCUUAUACCUCGUCUGCAACAUAAUACAUAAAAGCAGAUUAAAACAAAAUUAUGAAAAGAUUUUUAAUAAUGUGACCAUGGAUUGAAGCAAAACAAAUUGACCUUGUUGUAUU